UCCUCCCUAAUCCCCUAGGCUUUGAUUUGAUCCUCUGCGCGGAACAGGCUCCCCACCACCCCCUGCCCCCGCCCCAUAGCCAGUUGUCCCCUGCCCUCUCAGAUGCCCGCAGAACCGGUCCUCUUCAUCCGCCCUCGGGAGGUCAGAGCCCUCGUCUCGUACUCCCGGACGCCCCGAGGCGGGCAACAUCCGCGCAUCGGAGCCGUCGGAGGUCCGGUACCCCCGGGAGCAGGUCCGCUCGCAGCAAGGCCCUUCCAGGUGAUGGUGCGCGGCAGCUGCGGCCCCCGGCGCGCAGGUGUGGGCUCCCCAACCCGGGCCGGCGUGGGGGCUUUGGGCAAUGCCCUGGCAGCCUGGGAAGCCGCGCAAGCCGACCCCUGCACCUCCGGGAACCCUCCGCGCCCCCCACCACUAGGGGCUUCUGGAAGCCGGUCUGGACCCAAUUGGCUCUGAGAGGGAUCGGGGAAGAUCUACGAAUCUGGAUGAAGGAUUUAAGGAUUUAAGCUGAGCAGGACAAACUUGGGCCCCUGAGGCUCGCUGGUGGGGCCCCAGGAUGCCCCAGCCCCCACCCCGGGCACCAUGAGCUACUUCCUGUCUUACUGCAAAGCGCAUGGCGGCGCGCUGCUCACCGGCUACCAGGCCCUGCGCGCCGAGGGCUUCUUGUGCGACGUGACCUUGGAGGCCCAGGGCAGCGAGUUCCCGGUGCACCGGUCCCUGCUGGCCUGCUCCAGCGACUACUUCAGGGCCCUGUUCAAGAGUCACACGCGGGAGUCCCAGGCGCGCGUGAUCCACCUGCACGUGCCCUCGGCGGCCGCCCUGCAGCGCCUGCUGGACUUCAUCUACACUGCCUGGCUGCCGCUCUCCCUGGACACCGUGGAGGACACGCUGGAGGCCGCCAGCUACCUGCAGGUCCCCGGGGCCCUGGCGCUGUGCGGCCGCUACCUGGAGCGCCUGCUGGCGCCGGACAACUGCUGCUUCGCGGCCAACGUGGCCGCGCGCUUCGGCCUGGCGUCCACCCUGGCCGCGGCCGAGCGCUACAUCGCGCGCUACCUGCGCCAGCUGCUGGCCCGGGGCGCAGGCCCCACGGGGCUGCUGGAGCUCAACCCCGGGUCCCUGAGGGCCGUGCUGGGGGCCCCUGACCUGGCGCGGGUGCCCGAGGCCCGGCUGCUGGGCCUGGCGCUGGCCUGGCUGCGCCAGGAGCCCGCGGCCGAGCGCCAGGCCCACUGUGCCGCGCUGCUGGAGCGCGUCCGCUUCGGCCUGGUCCCCGCAGACGCGCUGCGGCCCCUGUACUCGGGCUCUGGCCUGGCACUGCCCACCCGGGUCAAAGGCCUCAUCAUCCAGGCGCUCACGUACCAUUCCACGCCCUCCCGCCAGCCGCUGCUGCAGGGCGAGCAGACCAGCGUGCGGAGUCCGCAGACCCGCAUCCUCCUGGUCGGGGGGCGCCGGGCGCGGGAGGCGGUGACCGAAGAGGUCAUGGUCAUGGUCAUGGUCCCCCGAGGGGCGGCCAGGGGUAGGGCAGCCGCAGUGGAACCAGAGGAGGAGGAGGAAGAGCAGGCGGAGGAGGCAGAGGAGGAGGAGUGGGAGCUCACCCAGGAUGUGGUGGCCUUCGACGUGUACAACCACCGCUGGCACAGCCUCACGCGGCUCCCCGCGCCGCUUGUGGGGCACAGCGUGUGCACGAUCGGCAACUUCCUGUUCGUCCUGGGCGGGGAGAGCCCUUCCGGUGGAGGGGCCUCCUCCCCGAAGGCCGACGGCCCGCGGGAGGUCACGGCCCUCGUGCACCGUUAUGACCCGCGCUUCCACACUUGGACAGCGGUGCCCGCGAUGCGGGAGGCGCGGGCACAUUUCUGGUGCGGCGCGGCGGGCGGGGGGCUGCUGGCCGUCGGGGGUCUGGGCGCGGGCGGCGAGGCGUUGGCCUCGGUGGAGAUGUACGACCUGCGCCGGGACCGCUGGACCCAGGCCGCGGCGCUGCCGCGGGCCCUGCACGGCCACGCGGGGGUCGUGGGGGACCUCGGGAUCGUGUACAUCUCCGGGGGCAAGGCGGGGAGGGGCGAGGGCGGCGCGAGCAGCUUGAGGGACGUGUACUCCCUGGGCCCCGGGAACCGGGCCUGGAGCAAGAGGGCGCCCAUGGGCACGGCCCGCUUCGGGCAUCAUAUGGCCGCGCUCCGGGGCGCCGUGUUCGCCUUCCUGGGGCACUACGAGCCCUUCUCGGAGAUCGAGCGUUACGACCCCGGCGCCGAUCAGUGGACUCGGCUGCGGCCGCUGCCCUAUGAUCGCUUCUGCUACGGGCUGGCGGUGGUGGAGGAGACGGCGCUGCUGCUGGGCGGCGUCAAGUGGCGGGACUCGCGCCAGGUGCCCACCCGCAACGUGGUGGGCUAUGACCUCGACCUUGACCGCUGGGAGGACAUCGACUGCGCGCUGCCCUGGGCCUGGAGCGGCCUGCAGUGCGCGGUGCUGCAGCUCCCUGAGGGUGCUGAUGAUGAGACAGAGGGAGAGGCUGGAGAUGCUCCAGAUUUAGUGUCAGGCUUAAGGGGUUAGUGCCAUCUCAGAUCCAAGGAGGAGGAGGUUGUGUCGGAGCAGGUUUACUGAGCCACGAGUGGGCUUUUCCUAAGGAUGGGACUCUGGACACUGAGUGGCAUCUGAAGGUUCAGGAGGCAAAAGGGGGUUUGGCCAAAGAGGAGCAGUUCCCUUUAAGCUGAGAAGGGGAGACAGGAGACGUCAUAAUGAAGGGCAUGUGAACCAGCUUCAGGGAGCUAGUGAUUUCUCGAAAUUCUCAUGAUGCUGGGCCAGGGAUGGGCUUUCCGAACUAAAAUAUGAUCCUAUUUGUCUUCUCUUAGUUAAGGGUUUUCCUGGGUGCUAACUAGUGAUUACAUUUGUGCCUAACAGAUUGCCAAAAAAGGGGACUAUAAGAAGACCCAGAAAAUAAUUAUAAAGGCUGUAAUAGUCCAAGAAAAUGGCAUUAUCUGAAUGAACAGUGAAGGGAAAGUGCCUUGGUUAAAUAGGGAGAAAUAUGAUUUUAUGGUCUAGAACCCUGGUUCUGCUCUAGUUUCAUAUAAACAUGGAACUGAGAGGGGAAAAUGAUCUCUAAGAAAGCACCUUUUAUUUUAUUUUUUAUAGAAACAACCUGGCUUACUUGUUUUCUGUCCUUCAUCCUUACUUACCCCUUGCCUGCCUUUGUGCUGAAUUUAGGCAGUUCAUUGCUUUUAAGUUUUAUUUCAGCAACACUUAGCCAUAAUAAUCAGACUCCUUGGUUAAGUGGAACAUCUAACAAAAACGAAACUUUUAUUUCUUUCAUCCUUU